AUGACUGAACGCGAUUGUGAUGGUAGGGCUAAACCCACGUACACAGUGGUGGCGCCCAAAACUCUGCGGCCAAACGCCGACUAUCGGGUGAGUGUCUCGCUAUACGACAUACCGGCGCCCAUUCAAGUGAAUGUCUCAGUCGUGGGUCCGGACAACAACACCGCCACUACCGGUGCGGUAGUGUUCGCCGAGUCUGAGACACAGAUGUUAAGUCUGCCGAUCGGCGACUGGACAGACGGCGCGUACAAACUUAUCGUAACUGGUGCUGGCGCUAAAUUCACCAAGCUUAAACCCCCACCUGAGCUGCCAUAUGGGGGUGGAUACCCAAUAGUGGUAACGGACGCCAAUACAACUACUACUACAACAACACCGGCGCCCGAUAUAGUGACCGAUGGAUUCCGGGAUGAAGUGUCGCUUCAGUUUCAGCCAAAAACGGUGUCCGUAUUCAUACAGACGGACAAAGCUAUGUAUAAACCCGGACAGAAAGUGCAGUUCCGGGCACUGGUAGUCACCCCUUCGCUACUGCCCGUAAACAACGCAUCCGUCGAUAUACACAUCAAAGACGGUAACGGGAAUCGCGUAAAACAGUGGACAGGACUGACACCUAUAAGAGGAGUUGUAUCUCAAGAGCUACAGCUGUCUGAACAGCCAGUGUUGGGCGAGUGGGCUAUAGUUGUGGAGCUGUCGGGUGUGAAACACCAGAAGGCCUUCUCAGUGGCGGAGUAUGUGUUGCCCACGUUUGACGUGGAGGUAGUGUUGCCUAAGUAUACCACUCGUGACCGGCCGGACAUUGUGGCCACUGUUAAGGCUCUCUACACGUAUGGACAGGGAGUUAAGGGAGACCUGACUCUAACCGUACAGACAAAGGAACACUACAGUCGAAGCAAAUACAGGACUCGGUAUCCGAUCGACGGAAGUGUUGACAUACCUAUCAAUCUGAUGGACGACUUGUCACUCGACCAACACUUUCAGAAUAUGGAGAUAGAAGUGAUUGCAGUGGUAAAGGAGGCGCUGACCGGCCGGUCGUAUAACCGGUCAAACACUAUGAAGAUAUACGACAGGGAUGUGAAGGUAGAACAGGUGAAGACCUCCCAGACCUUUAAGCCGGGUCUCAAAUACCCGGUGCUAAUCAAAGUGACCGAUCAGGACGACAAACCGGUGCCCGAAAACGGACCCAAACUUACGUUGAAAUACGGCUACACUUAUGAAGACAGGGACCAGAAGACAGUCCUCAUGAGUCCAGUCAAUGGACUCAUUGCUGUAGAUCUCUAUCCGCCCAAUAAUACAGAGCACAUAAACCUGAGGGCAGAAUAUAUGGGUAAAGACUAUUGGUUGGAAAACAUACAGAAGGCUCAGUCGCCGUCCGGUAACUACAUUCAAGUGGUGCGACUCGACUCAGACAAAGACGUGAGUGUCGGACAACAGCUCCGGUUCGCCGUCAACGCCACCGAACCGAUCGGUCGACUCGUGUGCGAAGUGUUGGGAAAGGGAGACAUCGUUUGGGCUCAAAGUAUUGAUAUACCCGACAAUAAGAUGACCCAUGAGUUUGGUUUGGAGGCCACGCUAGCGAUGGCACCGACAGCGCGACUGGUGUGCCAUUACCUGCGAGCGGCCAAUCAGGAAGUGGUGGCCGACGGACUGAAGUUUGAUGUGAGCGGUACUCUCCGGACACCCGUAUCGGUCACUACUGACGUGCAAACCACUAAACCGGGCGCACCCGUAGAGGUGAGGGUGAGUACCAAACCGGACGCAUACGUGGGUCUACUCGGUGUCGAUCAGAGCGUACUUUUGCUGAAAUCCGGUUACGAUAUCACACGCGAAGACGUGGACAAAGAGCUGAAGACAUACGACUCGACCGGCGCCGACGAUCAGCACCGGUACGGCUGGUGGCAGAACUCUGUGACCGCCGGCGAGAUAUUUGACAACUCGGGUGUUGUGGUCAUGUCUAACGGUCUGAUACACCGACAGCGGGCUUACGGUAGGAUCACAGUCGGCCCAAUUAGACAGGCCAGUGCCUCGAAGUGCAGUUCGAUGUGCCACUCCAUUCAAGCGCCAGUCCAGCCCUCCAGACAUACCACAGCGGGUGAAAGUCCGGCGAAACUUUCCCGAAACUUGGAUCUGGAGUUCCGGUGUUUCGCUGUAUAUAUACUAUAA